CAGUGCUGAGCUGUGCCUGAGCUGGGAUUGAUGGAGAAUCCUAUAUAGGAAAACACCCUGCAUGUAGGAAGCACAAAGCAAAAGAGACAAUUUUACAUGGAUGUUUCCAAAUGUGAUGGGCACAAGAAUGUGGGGCCCAUCUCCAGGAGGGCUCCUGGGGUGCUCCAGAUUGCUUGAUAGAACAGGGGAGCCUUGAGUCAGCCCUGAGCACAUGAUCUGGCUGUGGCCGAGGAUUACAAGAGCUGUUUUGAUCAGGGGAAAACGUCUGUUUUUAGCACAGGCAGCAAUUAAAAUAGCUCACGGAUCUAAACGCCUCGGGGAGCUGUCAUAGAGGGAGGUAGAAAAUCCAUCUCACGGUCUCCUGUGCGGCCAGAGAUGAGUCUGGAGGAAGCAGAGGAGAAGACAGCUUGAGGUUCAGCUGGUGAUAAAGGACAGCCUGAAACGGGUUCUCGAGAUGGCUGAGGAGGAUCUCCGGGGUUUGAGAACCCCUUUCUCACUCUCCUUUUCAGGCAGUGGCUUUCUCGCCCUGUACCAGGUUGGGGUGGUUCAGUCCCUCCUGGAGCUGGCUCCCGAACUCCUCAAAUCCGCUGGCAAGGUCUAUGGAUCAUCCGCCGGCUCGCUCAUCGCCGCGGCCGUGGUGUGCGGCAUCGGCCUCGAUGACCUAAAGGAGUUUUUCUUUGCCAUGGCAAAGGAGGCCAGGGAAACCAUCCUGGGCCCCCUCUCUCCCAAGUGCAGCUUGCUGGCAAAUAUCAAGGCUGUUCUGCAGAGGAUGCUACCAGAGAACUCCUACCAACUGGCUUCGGGGCGGCUGCACAUCUCCCUCACGCGGGUGGUGGAUGGCCAAAACGUCAUGGCCUCGGAGUUCAGCUCGAAAGAGGAGCUCAUCCAGGCUCUCCUCUGCAGCUGCUUUCUUCCCAUCUACUGUGGCUUCAUCCCUCCAUCCUACCGAGGUGUGCGAUACGUGGAUGGAGGAUUCACUGGUCUGCAGCCUGUUUCCAGCUUGGAGGAACCUGUGAUCACCGUGUCCCCAUUCACAGGAGAGCUCGAUAUCUGCCCAAGGGAUUGUCCUGCCAUCUUCUACUGCUUCCAGAUCUUCAAUGGCAGCAUUCAGAUCUCAAUAGAAAACCUCUGCAGGAUUAGCUAUGCUCUCUUUCCACCCAGCACCAUGGUCUUGAACGACAUCUUCUCCCAAGGGUACCAGGACACUGCCCUAUUCCUGUACAGGAACAAUGCCUUUGGCUUUAACUACUGCAAUGGGAAUUUCCGCUUCACCAGCUCAUGUGGGAAGAAUGACUUUGCCCCAUCCAAAAGGACGUGCUCUGGCCUAUGCAAAAUGGAAACACAGUGCCCAGCUCCUUGCUUCCUGCCAGGUAGAAGAUUCGGGGUGCUCAUCCUGGGUUUCGGGGCCUCUGAGGACUGGGGCAGUCUUUGAGAGGCGCAGCAUUACCUUAAAGACAUUACUGAGUUAGUUAUUAUAGGAAACAUUCCUGUAUCUGCAGUAGCCGCUCUUACACAGAAGCUUUGUAAGAGCAGCUCAAGCUGGAUUCAAGCCUGGGCUUCAGUACCUACAGGCUGAGCUGCAGCAAGAGCUGCUGGCCAAGAGGAAUUAUUGCAUUUACUGGGUUAGUUUGAAUUCCUGGUCUUUAUUUGCUUCUGUGUUGUCAUCCAUGGGUACAGGCUUGGGUAUGCGGCGGAAGGAGCAGCUCUCUGGACUUCAGGAUCCACUGUCAAAGGUCCUGUUGCAACCAUACAGGCUGCCAGCUUUCUUCAGGAAGGGGUAAGAACAUCUUGAUAGAGGCAUUGAAGCUGAAAGUGCUACAGGAACGAGUGGCCGUGGGUUCAGCAGUGCUGAGAUAGCUGCAGGGACACAGUGCAGGAUU